GGGAGGCCAUGGAGCCGGAGUCGCCUCCUCCCCGGCUGUGUGUUCACAGUGACAACACUGAAAUCAGCAGCGCUGCACAAAGGAAGCACGACAGAGUCCUUAGCCCCGCCUCCUCCUCCUCACGGCCACAGACUGCUCACAGACGCACGCGUCACAACACCACACGCCAUCCCUGCUGUCUUGUUUACCACUUUACUGGAAGUGGAGGGGGUGGUGGACGAACGGGAGCGAACGGCACGCACUGUUGAGUAGUUCCCCAGUCGCCAUGACGACCUCACACCCCACCAUCCUCAGAACUGUCUCCGUGUUGCCUCGGUGACCUGAUCCCGUUUUGUCUCCAUCCCUCCGAUGAUCCGGAUUGGGCCGAUAAGGGAGCGCAAUCCGGCUGCCGGCGUCUGGUUUUCUCCAAACAGCAGCCUCCGGUCCAGGAGCGGGGAGGCGAUCCGUGAUGGGAAUGCUGGGAACGCUGCGGGAGUAGCACCGGAGCGUUGCCUGGAAACAGCAGCAUGCCAGUACAGCAGAUAACUGUGGUCCCGGCGAGAGAGACGGCCGGCAACGGAAAGAGCGCCUCUCGCUCCAAAGAAAAGAACGAGGGAAGGAAAGCUCCUGGGCACUCUGGCAGUCGGUCCAGCAACAUUUCCAAGGUCAGCAACACAGCUUCAAGAGCAUCAACGACCCCGUCUGCUCAGGACAUCUGCAGCUCUGGCCAGCCGACCCGCUUAGAUGAUAUUUCUGAGUCCCGCAAGCCCAGCAAGCACAAACCCAAUCCCUCUGCCAUGACAGUCACCGGCACGGCCCAGGCCCAGAAGAAGAAGAGACGGCACCGCCGCAAGAGGAGCAGCUGCUCCACCUUCGACUGCGUGGACCUGAGCGGCAAACAGGAGCAGAGCGACCGCAGCCUCAGCUCCGACCGCAGCGAGCUGGGCGAGAAGCGGGAGCGCUCCUUCAGAAACCGCAAGGAGCUUCCUCCCCGCCUCAGGCGCUCUGGCGCGCCGCAGUCCGACUCCUCCACCGAGGAUGAGGCUGGGCGGGAAGCCCGCAGCUGGAGCAAAGAGAAAGCCAGACGAGCGCGGCGCCGCAGCGUCAGCAGCCGAGAGAGGGACGCCGCAGGCGGCCGCGGAGCCGGGCAGGACAAGGGCGAGGCCAUGGAGCUGCAGUCGGUGGACUCGGACGAGGAGAAGGAGAACCAGCCCCUGGUGGAGGACAGCGGCGGUCUCAAGAAGCGGCACAGCACCAGGGGCUCAGCGAAGAGCCCCGUCUCCCGGAACCAAAGGUCCCGAAGCAGAGAAGGGGAGAAGAAGGGCUGCCGGUCCCGGAGCUCCAGAGACAGCUCCUCGCUGGCGGAGGACGGCGAGCAACUGAUCACCAAGAGAUACCAGGAGAGGGGCUCAGGAGACGGGGACAUGUCGGUGCCCACCCCCCAGAACCACUGCAGGGCCGGGGAGGGUCACGGGGCCACAGCCGGACCCGGUUCAGACGACUCUGAGCUGGAGGUCUGCAGGAUCUGCCACUGUGAGGGGGACGAGGACUGUCCACUGAUCACGCCCUGCCGCUGCACCGGCAGCCUGAGCUUCGUUCACCAGAGCUGCCUCAACCAGUGGAUCAAGUCGUCCGACACGCGCUGCUGUGAGCUCUGCAAGUUUGACUUCAUCAUGGAAACCAGGCUCAAACCUCUGAGCAAGUGGGAGAAGCUGCACAUGACGAAGAGCGAGAGGAGGAAGAUCUUCUGUUCGGUUUUGUUUCACCUCAUAGCUAUAGUGUGUAUGUUGUGGUCUGUCUACAUUCUGGUCAAGAGAACCACGGACGAGAUCCGACUGGGGAAGAACGGUGUGCUGGAGUGGCCCUUCUGGACCAAGCUGAUUGUGGUGGCCAUCGGCUUCAUGGGCGGCCUCAUCUUCAUGUACAUCCAGUGCAAAGUCUACCUGCAGCUGUGGCGCCGCCUCAAGGCCUUCAACCGCAUCAUCACGGUGCAGAACUGCCCGGAGAAGAACCUGCACCACCCCCUCAGGCCCGGCCCGGCGCCAUGUCCAACGGGAAGCACGGAGCUGUGGAGGUUCCCAUCGCUCCGGCUUCGGCUUCGGCUCUGGCUCCCGCUCCGGUUCAGGACAUGGACUCGGACUUGUCCGUGGAGGCUGCGGUGGCGCCAGACCCAAACCCCGUCUGAGCUCUCCUCCUGCAUGCCGGACCUGCAUGCUCUGCUCUGUUCAGAGAGGCAGGCGAGAGAGCAAGACGUGAUUCAAGACUCAGGUGGUACUUUCUACUCAGCUGCAGCGAUAACUGGUCUUUGAGAUGCAGCAGAUGAAUCUUAGGUACUGAUCCCGUCCAGGACAGCUGGCGUGAUGUGAAAGGACAAAAUGCAAGAGACCAGUAAGAAAAGAGAGACAAUAAGAGGAGGACAGAAGAGAAAAGACGUGGUUUAAUGGCUUGUUCAUGCCAUGUUAUUGUAUGCACUUUCUAAACCUGCACUGAUAGAAAUGAUGUAGUUGAAAACUCCUGAGGUUGGGUUCAACCAGAUGUCAGUGUGCUUCAAAUACGCCUAGCAAACUGAAGACUGAGUUCACAUAUAAAGCUUCACACAUCCCACAUACACCAGACAAUACAUAACACAAUAGACACAUGAUCAAUAUCAAUGGAUAAUACAACUGACAGAAAAUUAAAUAUUGAGAAUAUUCACUGAACUCCACAGCAUUCUGGAGGAUGUAGGCAAAGGAUUAGCUGCUCCAGGCUAGCAAAGCAAAGUUGCUGGCAUCAGGUGGCCAGGUAACAACCAGCCCCUCAUUCUACGCUGUUUGCUUCGUACAUAGUCUAGAUUCUCGGCUGUUGAGAAACGAUUGCUUCCUGGAGACAUGGACUCGGGUGACGUUUUAAACUUUACCCAAAUGCCAACGUUUCUCCAUGACAUAUGUAAUGCAUUAGCUUCCUAGCUAGGAAGCUUCCUGAAAAUUGUUUGCACUGUAAACAAUCGUCCUCCGCUGCAAAGAGAGAAGUGCAGAGCUAAACAAGAUGGCUGCCAUUUGAUAAUUCAAUAUUUGGAAGAGAGACCAAAUCACACACUGAUCGACUUUCGUUCACUUCCCACGCUGCCAUUGGUAAAACAACAGGCAAAUCUAAAACAGUGCAGAAAAGGGUUAGGGGUCUUUCUGUUUCUGAUUGGCCUGGUAGAAAAUCUACUGGAGGACAUUCAGUGUUGGAAGAAAGUCCAGACUGAAGGCUAGUGGGGUCAACUGACUUGCUCACUCAUUGGUUACCUAGCAACAACCUGUUCAGUAACUUGCGCAGCAGGAGUGUCAGGUUUUGCCACAGUGUCUCAUAACUUCUUAAAACUAAAAAUCAGCAUGAAGAGAAAACUGUGGAUAAAACAGGAACAGGAUUUUAGAUAUCUAAAACAAAAAACUAAUCAGUAAUUAUCAAUAGACUGAUAUAAAACACUUGUAUGUGUUUCAGCCAUAUCGUCGAAAUAUCCAGGAGAUGAUAGUGUAGAAACGUACAUUAGUUCAAAUCCUCUCAGCCUCCACCUCUAAACGUCACAUUUACACAAUGACCAGACCCUCUAACUGGUUUUGUCUACAUUGCAGAAGUAUUCAUGCCCCUGAAAAUCCCUCCUGUCAAAUUGGCAGAUGUUGCUACAAGCUAGCUCCCCCCCAUCAGUGUGUGAAUGUGUGUGUGAAGGACUCUGGAGAUGUAGAACAAAACUUUUACCGAUAUUUACCAUUCUGUCAUUACAGCCACAAAGUUCCUUCAUUUCAACAGGAUUUUAUUUGAUAUACAAACAUAAAAUAAAGUUCUGGAUGCGUUUUAAUUUAGCCUCUCUUAUGUGACACUACUAAAUAAAAUCCAGAUCCAAAUUCAUAUGAGACUUUGUCCAUGACUUGAAGCACACCGACACCUUCAAACACUCUGGGACAAUCAGGCCUUCAGACACCAAAGACUUGUAAUUAUUAAAGCAUUAAGUUUGAAUUCCAGUCCGAAUCUAAAUAUGCGACCUUUGAAAAUGUACUAGGGCAGUUUUGUUGUCGUUUGUGGUUCUUACUCUGCAGGUCAGUGAUUUCAAUGUCAAUAUGAUUAGAGGUUUUACAGUUGCCAUCUGUUGGUGUUUUUUUCUUUUGUUAGAUUGCAGCCGUGUUUGUCUAAACCUUAAAAAGGGAUGAAUGUUUAAUUUUCUCUAAUUUUCUACAGAUGUGAUUUCCAGUGUCACAGGUCACACAGUUCAGGGGUCAAAGCGUGUUUAUGUCUUCAAUCCACCGUUCGUUCACAGCUCUGAUUGGAGACGCUGUGGGUUACAUGCAAAACCUUUUUUUUUUGUCUGUGCAAUAAACGAUGAAUGUAGAACAUCCAAAAA